AAACAUUUUGCUACCCCAAGGCCACGUUUUGCUUUUGGUAAUGCUCAGCCAGAAAAAGCCCCAUAAAGAAGGAACUAAGAGUGAAAAGCUCAUCCAUGAAGAAAAUGUACGGACACUAAAGUUCUACCGUUAUUUGUUUCUGUCCUGUUAUAUAGUUUAUUUCGUUAUCACUUUAACAUUUUUCUGGUCAACCUAUACGAAACGUUACAUAGCGUUAUCACUAGGCUGCUUCGGUGCUUGUUUAGCUGCUUAUAAAUUUAUGUCCUACAUGGCCUCACCAUCUUACGCUGUCAACGAAAGAGGAACUCGUCAAUUGGUGGAUGCUGGCCUAGAUUUAAAUAUAGGAUCCGGUGGACUUGGAGAACAAGCUAAAGAUGCAAUAAUCAUGUGCAGUUUAGUCACUAUAUUAAGCUUAAUUCAUCAAUAUUUCUGGUUCCUCUUAUUAAUUAUUCCUAUUCGGUUAUUCUACGUGCUUUGGGUAAAUAUCUUGGCACCGUGGAUAUUUGAUCCAAACCAAGAAACUCAGGUAAAUGAAAAAAAACAAAAGAAAAUGGAACGAAAAAUGAGACGAGUUGGUCAUCUGAUGCAUGGUACAGACAGAGCUGUCGGCCGAGCUAAUUAGAUAACGAAGUGUUGUGAUGAGAAAUGGUUAUCAUCAUUCUGAGUAUUGUAUUUUAUUCUAUGGAUAUUUCCAUCCCUUAUCUCGUAUUAUUCUUACAUGAUAUUCUUUCUUUGUCCUUUUUAGUACAUAUUGAUAUCUGUACAGUAAUUUAUAUUAUGUAUAGUUUCUGAAAUGACUGAUUUGUUUCUUAUUGAUAUUAUUCCUAGUAUUGUUUUAUUUAUUCUCAAAUAUGCACAGUGGUAAAUAAUUCCACCAUUAUUCUCUUUUUUUUCUAUCGUUUGACUUAAAUAAUAUUGUGAAUGUCUUUUAUUAAUCAAAGAAGAGGAAAA